CCGCGGCGGACCGCAUUAUAUAACAAAGACAUGUAUUGGCAUGGUCUUCUCCGUCAUAUCUGGGUUUGUCGCCAUCAUGCUAGAGACAGUUCGGAAAAAAGACAGCGAAAACAACCACGGCUAUUCCACAAUCAGUAUAUUUGCCCAAGGACCUCAAUAUAGUUUGAUUGCACUCGCUGAAGUUUUUACAGAGCUUACAGUGAUGGAGUACUCUUAUAUGGAGGCCUCCGAUGGUAUAAAGUGCUUUAGCAUGGGCCUACACCAGGCGGCGCUGGGCCUUUCAUACUUGAUUGCAGUUGGAAUUGAAGCGUUGGUGAGAAAAACUCGGCCAGACUGGCAUUUGUCUGAUUUAGGGGACAUCUGUGGUGGCGAUUCUCAAUUGGAAAGUUUUCUGGGUAUAUUGGUCCUGUUAAGCGUCGUUUUUUCUCUCAUCUUCCCUAUGGUCACAAGAAUUCCAAAGAAAAGACCAGGCUACACCAGACUGAGAUGAAAUAUAAAUAUAAGGGUCUAUGGUGAAAUUGGCAGAUCUGCAUCUACAUGUAUUGCAAAUUAUAUUUGUUUCAGUAACAAUGGUGCAUGGAUGAUCCAAACCUGUGUCCUUCAUUCUGCAUG